UUCAUGGAGAUUCAGCAUGCAAUCCAUGAGCACCCCUUGUCGCUCCAAGAGGGAUUAUGGGGAUAUUGCUCUGCAUGUUGGAGGUCCUUAUCCGGCUCGGGUUUUGGUUGCCGACAAUGUCGAAAGUUUUUUCACAAAUCUUGUCUCGAUGAGCUCAAACUUGAUGAGCACGGCUUUAAACAUUUCGCUCAUCCUCAUCCCUUGAAGCCUGUUGAUUUGGAGCAGCAGAAAGAUGAUGAAGUUGUCUGCUCCAUUUGUGAAGAGAUACGCUCUUCUUCUUCUACCUACGGGUGCAUGGAAUGUAAGUUUUUCGUUCAUAAAACUUGCCUCACCAGCAUUCCACCACGCUUGACCAAUCAUCUCAUCCAUCCAUGCACUCUUGCACGCACCAGCAUUUUUUAUUAUUUCUCGUGUGAUAAAUGUCAUUCAAACUGGCCCAACGAAACAUUUUUCUGCAAGCCAUGUGGUUUCUACCUGCAUGUCAAAUGUGCCAUGGAUUCUGUUGCAGAAUCUGAAGAAGCCAAAGAGAUCCGACAUGUCAGCCACCCACAUCCACUUUCACUCAUCCAAAACCAUCAACAAUAUGGAAAAGAACCUAGCUGUGCAGCAUGUGCUGAAACCUGUUUACCUCCGACACCAACUUUAAGGUGUAUUGAAUCAUCAUGCACCCGCUUCUUCUUACACAAAUCAUGCGCUGUUAAUUUCCCUCAUCAACCUCGCCUGUCUUACCAUCCCUGUCACCCCAAACACCAACUCACCAUUACCUCCCUCCCAUACAACGGUCCUACUUGUGGUGCAUGUUGUUGGCGCAUUGAUUCAUCCCUCUUUGCAUACACCUGCCGUGAUGUUCAUUGUGGGUUUGGCCUUCACUUGGAUUGUGCUAAGCUCUUUCCCACUUUUGAAAGCGAUGGCCAUCGACACCCUCUAACUCUCUUCGACAUAACACCCGGUUUCACUUGUCAUCUUUGUGGUGUUAACUGCACCACCUUCGUCCUUCGAUGUGUGCCGUGUAAUUUCAACAUCCAUCUGCAGUGUCUUCCCUCAAAACCCAAAACAGUAACCCAUAAAUCCCAUCUCCAUCCCUUGAUCCAUACAAACUCUCCUUUUGAAUAUGAGUUGAACUCGGAGGAAGACGCUUAUAACUCCGACGAUGAAUUCUACUGUGAUGUUUGCGAGGAGAAAAGAUUCAAAAGGGAUCCGGUUUAUUACUGUGCAGACUGUAAAUUUAUUGCAGAACUUAAGUGCGUCAUCGAUGAAGUGCUGCCGUUGAUUCCAAGGAGAGAACCUAUUCAACAAGUUGAUCCCCGUGAUUAUGAUCGUCUUCAUGUUGCUGUCCCCCCCACAGGUAAUGCCAACGACGGUGCUUGGGAAAUUAGCAAAGCCUUAUACAAGAUCGAAGAAUUAAAACAUAAGAAAAGGGAACAAGAAAAGAGUUUGGAACUUACCGUAAGAGAUCUACAGGAAACAGAAAAUAGGUUUAAGGAGCUUGUAGCCCGUGCUCACAGAUGAAAAAGUACAUAAAAAAUUAUUCAGUAGUAAAUAAUUUAAUAUCGCUUAAACAGAUUUCGAGUUAAAGUUAUAAUGUAUGUAGAAAAUUCUCUCUGAGAGACUCACCUACCGAAACCAUUCGGAUUAAUCGAGGCGAAAUCCUAGAACGGAAUAGACAACAAAAAAGAGAAUACAGAAAAAUAAACCGAUCGGAUUCUGGCAUAGUAAUAAGUUUGGAAUUAAGGAUUCUCAAUUUCAUGUUAAAGUUCCAUUCAAUGUAAAUAUU